UCCCACCGUACAGGGAAGAGCUGUGAACGCGUAAAUCUCCGCGGGGAAAAUCCAUGGCCCUGCCCCGCRGGAUUGCUCACAGAGCGGCUGUUCCGCUGGAGGCGUAGCGAACGCGCAGCACAGAGCCGUGUCGCGGAAAGCCAACACAGCMAAGAGCUUCAGCUGGUUUGGACUUUUAUGUCAGCAGAAUGGUUUAUCAUGUYCCAUUAUUGGGGAUUCCUUGUUGCUGGUGAUGGGUGAGCCUGAAAAAAUACAGCUUUACUUGCAUAUCACAGGCUCCUCUUUAGCCCAUUGUGCUGAAGACCAGAGGUUCUGGCUGAUCAGGAGUCUCUGUUAGCAAWUCAAGUUGGCUGGAGAAUGGAAGGGGUUGAAUUUAAGGAAGAGUGGCAAGAUGAAGAUUUUCCAAGGCCCCUGCCAGAGGAUGAUCCUGUUGAGUCUGAUAGCUUGGCUGCAGCUGGAACAGAAAGUGAAGCUGAUACAGAAGGCAAUGGAACCAAAUUGAGGAAGAAACUAAUGGCUCCAGACAUUAGUUURACUUUGGAUCCCAGUGAGGAAUCUGUUUUGUCUGAUGACUUGGAUGAGAGUGGAGAGAUUGAUUUGGAUGAUCUAGAUACUCCUUCAGAAAACAGCAAUGAAUUUGAGUGGGAAGAUGAUCUUCCAAAACCAAAAACUACUGAUGUCAUUAGGAAAGGAUCACUGGCUGAAUACUCUGUGGCAGAGGAGAAGGACGAUGGGCGACGCUGGCGAAUGUUUAGGAUUGGAGAACAGGACCAUAGGGUGGACAUGAAGGCAAUCGAACCAUAUAAAAAAGUUAUCAGUCAUGGUGGUUAUUAUGGUGAUGGGUUAAAUGCCAUUGUUGUGUUUGCUGUUUGCUUCAUGCCUGAGAGCAGCCAGCCUAACUACAGAUACCUAAUGGACAAUCUAUUUAAGUAUGUAAUUGGCACUUUAGAGCUGUUAGUAGCAGAAAACUAUAUGAUUGUUUACCUGAAUGGUGCAACAACACGGAGAAAAAUGCCAAGUUUAGGCUGGCUUAGGAAAUGUUACCAGCAAAUUGAUAGAAGAUUAAGGAAAAAUCUGAAAUCACUGAUCAUAGUUCAUCCUUCCUGGUUCAUCAGAACACUCCUGGCCAUCACAAAGCCUUUUAUUAGCUCAAAAUUCAGCCAAAAAAUUAGGUAUGUCUUUACCCUGGCAGAACUAGCUGAACUCAUCCCCAUGGAAUACGUUGGCAUCCCAGAAUGCAUAAAACAGUAUGAAGAAGAAAAGUUUAGAAAGAAACAGAAAAGAGUUGACCAAGAGCUGAAUGGAAAACAAGAGCAGAAAAGUGAACAGUAAGUUUGGAGCCCAAACAAGACUGAAGAAUAUGCAGAUGGAACGAUGCUGUUUGUGCUCCAUUACAAUGCAUUCUYUGUGUGUAUGUAUUAUAUUAUCUGUUGCAAAAGGUGCUUUGGAGUAGCACACAAUGAACUGCUUACUGCUGUAUUGGUUUGUCUUGACUUUAAUUGCUGUUUAUGUAAUCGUUUAUACUGCUAAAUGGCAAGAACCCUAUGUUUUCAGGGGAUGUUCUUGCAACUGUUUAUCUAAAUGAUGCAUGUUCUUCAGUAAAAUAUUUAUAUACCUAAAUGUUAAAGGAAAGAGAUAAUAUAUAUAUUUUUUAUGACUGAGCAAUAUAUUGUGUGUACCUGCUGAAGGAAUUCAUUUGCAGGUGGACAAGGCCAUAAGUUACUUGUUGUUAUUGUAUAAAUCUGUUUUGCUAUAAAUGGUCAAGUGCAUUUCUUCAUUGUCAUGAAAAAUUGUUUGGAUAUUAACAAUUACAUUAACUCAGCUUUCACAAAUGUAGAGAUCCUUGUUUUUGUUCACAUACCUAAUACAGGUUCACUCCUUUACCUCACUAGAGUAAGCUUCAACUUUGGUGGCUUUCAGUCCAUUGUUCAGGAUGCAGAACUGCAGUUCUGUGGAUGUCAUUUGUUGGCCAYGAGGUUUAAACCUAAGCCACAAUAGUUGAACUGUCUGACUGAUAAGAUACCAGACCUUUUUCAUUGAAGUUGCUUCACUAUGUCAAGACUGUCUCAGCUAGCAGUAGGAAAUGAGUUCAUUGCAGUUCUCCAUGGAUGUAUCUUGGCUGUUACUAGUAGGAAUUCUGGUCAUGCUCAGUAGAACUUGGGAGUUACACAGGUGUUCUAGCCACAAUACCAUUUUUUGGGCAGAAAUACAAGAAGUCUUAGGCUUCCUUUGUCAUCCUUGUAGGUGAAACAUCCAUUUAUAAAGCUCUUAGUUAGACACAUGAUACCAGCACUAAUAAAACUUUUCAAAAGUGUUUUAAAGGUUGGGGUGUGUCUCGCUCCCUGCAAUGGUCGUAAGCCUGUGUCUGUAAGAGGUAUUUUUGGACACACAAUUAGUGUUUAGAGGUUUACUGAGACAACAGCAAUGCACUGGUUGAUAUGUUGUAAAAGUUUGUAACAUCUUCUGAUAAACAUUGCAAUUUCCAUGUAAGGGCAGGUAUGUGCAAAUAAAUUCAUUCAGGAGUUGAGCAAUAUAAUGUUGUAGCAAGUAUAUUAAAUCUUUGCUUUUGGUGUUUAUUGUGCUCACAAUUUUGUCUUAAUGCCAAAAAAUAUAAUUUCUUAACUAUAUUUAAUAUUAUUCAGCUACCUUAUUAAAAAAAGUUAUGUUCAACCAGAUUACUACCUGACACUGAUAAAUAACAGUUGUGAGAGAUUCCAUGGUGAAGACUUACCAAGUAACAAUUAAUCCACUGUCUCCAGUGAUACCUGUAUAGAUGUUGAGAGCAUAAGGAUGUCAGGUGAGGGAAAAUGGCUCAUGUCUCUAGAAGUUUAAGUCUGCAGUUCAGAUACUUUCAUCUCAAGAUCUAAGUCCUUUUGUUGCAGUAGUUCUGUGCCAGAGCUUCAAGGAGAUUGAUGUGCAGGAUGUAUUCACACAACAGUGUUGCCUUGCAUCCAUCCAUCAGGUUUGGAUCUUGCUCUGAAAGCAGAACAAAAUGCACUUUUUUGGGGCUGUCUUAUUUCCUGCUUCAGUUUUGGUGUUGACUGAGAUAAUUACAAAGUUCAAGUCAGUACAUGGGGCACUUUCAGCCUUUACUUCUGAUACUUUCACAGUGUGUUGUGUAAGACCAUGCAAACCUGAUUUUUACUGGGUUUGCAUUGUAUCCUAAGCUAAACAGGAAGCAUUCAGAUUAUCUCAUUUCCAUCUUUUCCUAAUUGAUAAGAGGAUUAUUCUCAGUAAAAUUUUAYUCUUAGUGGAGGGAUUCUAGUUCUYUAUGUCCUGUUGCUUCCUGUGUGGAUAGUGCAGUACAGAGUAGCCAGUCCUCUGUAUAUGCCAUAUUUACUAAAUGAUGGGAUUGUUGCUGUAUUUCCUGGUGGCCAAGGAUUCUACAGUUUCAUGCUGCAGUAGUAUGUUUUCUUUUGGAAAUGUGUAUGUGCUUACAAAUGGUUUAUUUCUCUAGUAUAAGUCGUUGUGAGUGAGUAYACAGCACAGUUCUGUCUCUAAAGAUAUGCAGCUUGAGAAAGAAGUGUACUAAAGGAUUAUUCCACUCUGACUUCUUGCAGCUCAUCAUUUAAUGGUGAGGUGGAUGUUUACAAAAAGCAAAGUGGUCCCAAAGCUGUGGGUAAUGUUUUGUCAAACUUAACUUUUUUUGAAAUUAUAAUAGAGUGUAAUAUAUUUUAAUAUUUAAAAACAUGAAAAGUUGGAAUGUUAUACUUCAAUAAAAAUUAUUUCAAAACUUGAAUCACUUUGUGAUAAGAUACAGUAUUGUAGGGAAUUCACUUUUCAAUGGCACUUCCUUCUAAAAGUAAGAGUUAUUUUGCUAGAACUUGGUGAGCUCUGUGAAAAAAUUUAUUGAGUCACUAAUUUACCUUUGAUUUGGAGGUCUCCUUAGUUUACAUAUAUAUUUAUGUGUGUAGAAAUAAGUCAUUACCUAUCUCAUUAUUGCUAUACAUGACUGAAAUAGAGAUGUUUGGGCCAGUGGCCUCUAUGUGACAUUUUGUAAACUGAUUUCUGCAAGAGGGUAAAUUCAGAAGUGCCAAGAGAUUCUGGAGAAAGUGUSAUUAAAAACUGAUGUGAGUAGA